AUGGGUAAAAAGAGAAACGCAGGAGGAAACAACAACUCAAAUAAACAACACGAUCGAGCUGUAAAAGCUUCAUUGAGAAAAAGAGAACAUAGAUUAAAGCAUGGAGAUGAAAAAUGGAAACAAUCAUUUAAUGCAUUUCUACAACAAUUAGAACCACAAGGAUUCUAUAUAAAGGAUGUAGCAGGAGAUGGAAAUUGUUUGUUUAGAGCGAUUGCCGAUCAAUUGGAAGACAAUCCUGAACAACAUAUGAAGUAUCGUCAAAAUAUCGUUCGUUUUAUUGGUAGCAACAAGGAGAUGUUUGCUCCGUUUAUCGAUGAGGAUGAAAACGAAACCUUUGAAGAAUAUGUUGAAGAGAUGCAAAGAAAUGCAAGUUGGGGAGGAAAUGUAGAGAUUCAAGCUGCCUCUCUUAUCUAUCAAGUCAAUAUUGCCAUUCAUCAGAUGAAUCAACCACGUUGGGAGAUUAUAAACUAUGUUGGAGCAAAGUUUAAAAUGAUUCAUCUAUCCUAUCACAAUGACGAGCAUUAUGCUAGUGUACGAUCACUCAAUCUCACACCUGCCUCUCUCGCAAAAAAUGCUGCUCCCGUUCCCAAUAUGAGUGCCACUCUCAACAAUGAUUAUACAAAUAGCAGUAGUAAUGGUAAAAGUGGAAAGAGUAAUAUUGAUGAUACUACAUUUGCCAUUAUGAAUGCAACCGGUGUUACAAGUGUAAAAUUAGUCAAAGAAGCCUUGGAAGAUUGUCAAGGCAAUUUCGAAGCAGCAAUCGAUUAUCUCAUUGCCUUGUCAUCACAAAUUGAUUUAUCAAAUGGUGGUGGUAGUGCAUCUGAUUUUGAUAUAGAUGAUGAUGAUAACAAUACAAGUACCUCUACAACUUCAACCUCUAGUACCUCUUCCAAUAGUAAACCACAAAAAUAUAAAGGAAAGAAAAAGGAAAAGGAUGAUGAUGAUGAUGAUAAUUCAAAAAAAAAUGCACAUUUAACAAAUAAACAAAGAAAAGAAUUGGCAGCCAAGGAAAAGAGUGGUGAAGGAGGAAAUGGAAACAAAAAGAAAAGACAAACUCAUAAUAUUAAUAGAAAUGAUGUUGAAGAUGACACAAAAGUGGAACUUGGAGUUUCUUUUGAUUGUUCCUAA